CUUAUUGCUCUCAUACACUUUGCUUCCUCGGGCCUACAGGUUCUGGGCUAACAUAUCAUUCACCAACCCGAUGAAGAUACACGAAUCUCUUUUCACCUAUCGCCAAAAUGCCAACCGCAAAUGAGACUGAUGACCGGAUGAAGAAGUUUAAGAACAAAGGCAAAAAUGCAGACGAACUGAGACGUCGGAGGGUGGAAGUCAGUGUGGAGCUUAGGAAAGCAAAAAAAGAUGAACAGAUCUUGAAAAGAAGGAAUGUAUCUAGUUUUCCAGAGGAAUAUCCUUUAUCUCCAGAGCAGAAAACAAACUCUGUGGCAUUGCCACUAUCUCUGGAUGAAAUAGUGCAAGGAAUGAACUCUGGAAAUGUUGACCUUGAACUGAAGAGUACACAGGCUGCAAGGAAAAUUCUGUCUCGUGAGCGGAACCCUCCUCUCAAUGAUAUCAUAGAGGCUGGGCUAAUUCCAAAGCUUGUGGGGUUCUUGAGCCGCAAUGAUCAUCCCACCCUACAAUUUGAAGCAGCCUGGGCUCUAACAAAUAUAGCUUCUGGUACUUCUGAUCAAACUAAAUCGGUAGUGGAUGGUGGUGCUGUUCCUGCUUUCAUAUCUCUGAUAUCGUCUCCAUAUCCUUAUAUCAGUGAACAGGCAGUCUGGGCAUUGGGAAAUAUUGCUGGUGAUGGACCAAUGUACAGAGAUGCUUUGAUUAACUGCAAUGUAAUUCCUCCACUGCUUGCCUUGGUUACACCCAAUACACCGAUUGGUUAUCUAAGGAACAUUACCUGGACCCUAUCUAAUCUUUGCCGCAAUAAGAACCCAUAUCCACCUAUGUCAGCUGUACUUCAAAUUCUACCAGUGUUAACACAGCUUCUGCACGGUGAAGAUAAGGAUAUCCUGUCAGAUUCAUGCUGGGCCAUAUCCUACCUCACUGAUGGCUCUAAUGACCGAAUUGAUGUGGUGGUAAAAACUGGAGCUGUUGACAGAAUAAUUCAUUUAAUGAAUAAUAUUGAGCUAAGCAUUGUGACACCUGCGUUGCGUUCUAUCGGAAACAUAGUCACUGGGACAGACAAGCAGACACAGGUAGCAAUUGAUGCAGGGGUCCUCUCAGUCCUACCUCAGCUCCUCCGACACAAUAAGCCAAGCAUUCAGAAGGAGGCAGCAUGGGCACUCAGUAACAUUGCUGCUGGAUCAUCCUCUCAGAUACAACAGAUCAUUACAUGUGGACUCCUUCCUCCACUUAUAGAUCUGCUAAAGAAGGGAGACUUCAAGGCACAGAGGGAAGCUGUGUGGGCAGUCACAAACUUCACCAGUGGUGGUACUGUGGAACAAGUAGUUCAGUUAGUUCAGUGUGGCGUCUUGGAACCCUUGCUCGAUCUCCUCACGGUUAAGGACAGUAAAACGAUUCUUGUAAUCUUGGAUGCCAUUACCAACAUAUUCCUGGCUGCAGAGAAGCUUGAUGAGCUGGAAAAACUUUGUAUGGUAGUGGAGGAACUAGGAGGAUUAGAAAAGAUUGAAGCUCUUCAAACACAUGACAAUCAUAUGGUUUAUCAUGCUGCUCUGGCUCUCAUAGAAAAAUACUUCUCAGAGGAUACGGAUGAUGCACUUGCCAUGCAGCCGGAAGCUUCCAAUGAAGCCUUUACAUUUGAUGUGCCAAAUUUGCACAAAGACGGCUUCAGCUUCUAAAAUGUAUGCACUAUAUUUUCCUCUCUAAAUCUUGUAGUUUAAAUAAAUUAAAUGGACUAAAACUAAUAAACACUAAUUUGCAGUAUGCUGCCAGUCUACUGUAAACUUUUAUUUUCCUAUUGAAUUUUCCAUUUUUUUCUUGCCACCUUAAUAUUACUGCAGCCACAACUAAGUUACUAGCAAUCUGAGCCACAAAUUCUGGCCAAUAACUUUAACUGUUGGGUUGUUGUGGACACUACGUAUUUUGGAAACUACACUAGCCUGCAAUAUUGCAAACAAUACUUCCAUAUUUCUGUAUGAAAUGUUAUGAGAAGGCAUCUGGAAUUGUUAAAAUAAAUUAUAUUUAGCAGU